AUGGCCCACAUAGGGACGGACCCAACCGCAACAACAUCCACCACAAGAACAAGUGAAACAAAUUCUACUCCAACAGUGGAGACCAAUGAUGACGAAAUAAACGCAGGCAGGACGUCAAGUGGCGUUUACAUCUCCGAGGGUAACGUGACCGAGAUACCCGAUCACACCAAUUCAUGGGGUGAGUGUUGCUCAGGGUGUUCCCCAUAUAUGACCGAACAUGUUUUGAUACUUGACAGGAGUUGUGCAUUUGCUUUAUGCAUUGGGUCAGCGGAUGAGAUAACUAACUGUCUAAUUAUCAUAUGA